AUGCCUCCCGCCGAUUGCUGCUUCUUGCUGCUGGCCAAGGGCCUCGACGCGUCGCAUGCCGAGCAGCAUGGCGCCAUUCUCGCGAACUACAAUCAGGAACGAUUGAUCCGCCCUGACAGGGGCCAGGUCACUCCCGCAUUUCGACGUGACGUCGCUACAAUGAUGCUCGUUGCUCGCUCGAUCGAUCUGUACAGCUCCGUACAUGGAUCGCUGCCAUCCACAGCUCGAACGGCACGUCGGUGUCCGGGUCAGCCUCUGACAUCACCGUACAUGCAGAGUCCUUCGAGAUGGUCUGGACUCAAACUGGACCCCGCUGCGCCCGUCACAGCCACCUUCGAAGACUCCAUGAGCGAGGAUGCCGGGCCCUCCACUCGUGCUACCCUCUUCCGAAAUGACGAUGCACUAUCGCAGGCACUCAGGGAUGUCAGUUCAAUCAACUUGGGCGACAUCGUGCGUCUAAAUCAGAUGGCCGCCCGAUCAGGUGAUACAGCGUCCUCAGUUGCAACGUCGAGUACCGCUGUUUUCACCCAUCGCGAAGAAUCCACCGUCACGAAGCCUACGUCAACCGAUACGUACCCUCGACCGAAGGCACCCACUGCCAAGGGGAAAGGGAAGCUUGGGGGUAGCUUUGCCUCAUCGCUAUCGGGGAACAAUGGGUCCGCAUCUGAAGCCGAAGUUGAGCGUGGAGCUCUUCGUAGGAACUCUCUGUUUGCCAUAGGCGACUGGGCAGACCCGCAGCCGACCUCUUCGCGAGCACUCAAGGGUACGAUCAGAGCCAAGGAGCGCUUGCAAAUUCAUGGAACUUCAAAACGCAAGAAGCCCAUUGUUGUAAUCGAGCAAGGCAGGCAUGUCGUCAAGCCAAUUCGUCAACACAAUGACACCGACGUGAUAACAACCACGGUGGCUUCAUCCCAGAGGAACGCAGAAGUAUUUGCGUCAACGCACUUCGCAUCAUGACGACGACCUCACUCGCCUGGCUGAAGAAGGCCGAAAUCAGAUCAUCACUCCAGCAAAAAUGGCAACGACUACAUCGUUAUCGCGUACUCGCGUCUACGCCCUCGGUGUAGUAGGGUUUGUGAUGGGACUGACAAUGGCUCUUGCAGCUUUUGGUGCACACAGCACAGGAAAGGCGCGUCUUUCGCAGACAAAGAUCAUUGUAUUCACCGCGACGGCAUUGUUAGCUUGCCUCAUGGUUUCUGCCAUGCUCAUUGCAAGGCGAGUUCUUUCUGAAGCACUGCUUGCUGGCAUGUUGCAAUUUUCCUUUGGCUUCGCUCUUCUAGUUGAGCUCGACGAGUUCAUGUGAUUGGACUCCACACCUUGUCCUGUUCACCCACUACUAUCUUGUGCUACAUAAAAGCGUUGGAGUAUGUUUGAAAGUCAGCAUGUUGGGGUUCGCACUGUCUUUGCCUAUUAAGCUCAACUCGAAAUUUGCAUUGCCAUUACUGCGAGUCUCCAGGCUCUCCAACUAGCAAGCCACAACUAGACCCAUGUUCUCUCCGUUGUCCGUGUCAGUCACGAUAAGCAAGCUACGGAUUAGUCAGA